CGAUCUAGCAGCGUCCAACGUAACCAGAUCGCCGCGAGCGAGCAACAGGUAGGGAUCCAUCCCUUCAUGGAUGCUGACGGCAGCGAGAUCUCGCGCCUGCCGGCGGAGCUCCUCGCGUCGAUCGUCUCCCUCACGUCGCCGCCUGACGCGGGACGCUGUGCCGCCGUCUCCCGGGCCUUCCUCGCUGCGGCGGACUCCCACGCCGUCUGGUCCUGCUUCCUGCCCCGCUACCUCCCACAGCUCGCUAAAAGCGUGCUCCGCCGCGCGCCGCCGUCCGAGAACAAGAAGGGCUUGUUCCGACGCCUCUCCGACCAACCGGCGCUCCUCCCAGGCAAGCUCGUGAGCAUGCGGCUGGACAGGGCUACUGGCGCCAAGUGCUACAUGCUUUCGGCAAGGGCGCUCAAUAUUUCGAAGGGCGAGACCCGAUCAUGCUGGGAAUGGAUCGACCUCUGUUAUGAUGAGAUCCAAGGAAACACGAGGUUCAAAGUCGUUUCAAUGGGUAUUUGGGGAAAACCUAUUUUAGUCACCACUAACCAUAUAUACCCUCGUAUUAAUUUGCGGCAUCUUCCGUGA